AUGUCUGAACUCAAGAUAGCAAAGAUAGAUGUUUUCAAGGCCGACCUCCCAUACUCGGGAGGAGUAUACUAUCUAUCCGGAGGCCGCGAGUACAGGAGUUUCGAUGCUACCUUUGUUCGCAUCACCACCAAUACAGGCAUCGAAGGUUGGGGCGAAAGCACUCCUUUUGGAUCAACAUACAUCGCUGCCCAUGCCCUCGGUGUACGAGCUGGCAUUACAGAAAUCGCGCCGUCGCUGAUUGGCCUGGAUCCGCGAAGAGUUGAUCGCAUCAACGAGGCAAUGGAUGCUGCCCUUGUCGGCCAUGAGCACGCCAAAACUCCUAUCGACAUUGCUUGUUGGGAUAUCUUCGGCAAGGCAGUCGGAAUGCCUGUAUGCGAGUUGCUUGGUGGAAGGACUGACAUCGGUCUACCUAUCAUCUCGUCAAUCUAUAUGGAUAAGCCAGAGGAUAUGCGAAGGCGUGUUGCAGAGCAUAGAGCACGAGGAUAUGUUGGCCACUCUGUAAAGAUAGGCGGGGAUCCUGGUGAAGAUGCACAACGCAUCACUGCUUCGCUUGCGGACAAGCAGCCUGGAGAGUUCUUCAUUGUGGAUGCCAACGGUGGAAUGACAGUUGAGAAUGCCUUGCGCAUGCUGCGGCUACUGCCUGACGGCCUAGACUUCGUCCUCGAAGCGCCCUGUCCCACCUGGCGCGAAAUCGUAUCUUUGCGCCGAAGGACAAACGUUCCCAUUCACUUUGACGAGCUCGCAACAACGGAUUCUUCCAUAAUUCAGAUGAUCGCGGAUGACGCAGCUGAAGGCUUUGGCAUCAAAAUCUCCAAGAACGGUGGCCUGACCAAGAGUCGGCGGCACAGAGACAUUGCUCUUGCUGCGGGUUACACGAUGAGUUGCCAGGAGACGACUGGUUCGGAUAUCGCGUUCGCAUCGAUUGUUCAUCUUGGACAGACUAUCCCUGAGAGGCACUUGCGCUGCAUUCUUGAGUGUCGGGAUAUGGUUCAGGGGAAGACGGCGGAUGGCGACUUCGAGGUGAGGAAUGGUCAUGUUUAUGCGCCGAAAGAACCUGGGUUGGGUAUCACACCGCGGAUGGAUGUUCUGGGCGAGCCUGUUGCUAGUUAUCAUCGAACUAUAGACUAA